CUCUAUUUAUUGCCAAGUGCCGACCUUAUUUGGUUUACAAUGGCUUCUCUAGUUUUACUUACCUCCUUUUUUCUAGUUAUUUGCAUGCAUUCCUCCAACGCUCGUCUUCUUCCUACCAUCGUUAUACAUAAAUCUUCAAUAAAAUCACAUCAUCUUCAGAUUGCAGAAAAGAUUAAUGGUGGCGAUGAGAUGGUUGAAAGAACACGGGCUCCAGUUAUAAGGCCUCCUGCAACUCCAUUUUCAAAGGCUGAAUUUGGAGAAUCGCUGAAAGGAAAUGAAAAAAACGAUGCAGGAAGUGAUAUUGUUGAAUCUUCUUCCUUCCAUCAUGUGGCUUUGCUAAAGGGAAAACAUGUAGAGGAUUCAAAAAAACCAAGUGUAUCUCGUUACCCAGGAAAAGAAGAAGUUAAGCAUUCAGAAAAUGACGACAUUGUAGUAACAGACUAUCAACCACCUCACCGGAAAGCACCAAUACAUAACAAAUGAGCUUUUUGCACGCUUCCGUAGUCUUAGAUGAAUUCAUGAUAUGUAUUGAUAUACGUACCCUUAGAAAUUAUGUACAAAUGUAGAGCAUUUGGAAGUCAGAAUGUUUCAAGAAUGAAAUGCUUGAUAUUAUAUUUUUAUAAUUUUAUAUUAAUCAAAGUAUUCGAUGAGAUUGAGAAUAAGCCGAAGAAGCUAUUGUCAUUGUUGUUGCUUAAUGUCUAGCAUGAAUUCUAAUGUUUUUAGAGAGUGAUACAUAUACUUUGUUGUAAAAGACAAAUUUAGAC